GCUUAAUAUUCUACAGAAAGGAUUUCUCUUCGAUAAAAUCAUCUAACUCUGCGUCACUGACCGGUACCUACACCACGGACGGGUAUUCAGGCAUUCCUGCCGACACACUUCGUAUCAUCUACAAUUCGAUCCGACUACCGUUAAGAUGGAUAGUCUCUUUCAGGAUCAAGUGGACAUGAAUACAACACUUCAAGGAUCGAGUCUGGAAGAGCUGCAGAGUCUUGCUCAGGUUUACGAAGACGAGCCUUUCCAGGAUGGACAACAAAACUGGUUCCUCAGCUCCAUAUACUUUUUCCUUUUCCUCCGCACAAGCAACAAGAGCCAUCUUGAUCAGGCCAUACGCAAAGCCAACAGUGCCAUAGCCGCCACACCUAGUGACCAUCCUGAACGAGCCGCUCAAUUGAGUAAGCUGGGGUUUACGCUGAUCCAUAGCCCGGCUUCACUUCCGCACGCCGCCCUUCUCGACUUCGUUGAAGUGGUGCAGAUGUUGUUGGAGCAGGGGGCAGAAAUUGAUGGAAAAGAUGAAGAUGGAGGGACAGCACUGUACUAUGCGGCUCAGUACGGACACGAGGCAGUGGCACAUCUGCUAGUAUUCGAGUACGGCGCUAGCAUAGACAUGAAAGUAAAUGGAGUCACACCAUUGAUUGCUGCAGCUGGCCAUGGACACGAAGCGGUAGUACGAUUGUUGCUUUCGGACCCCAGGAUUAAUGUGGCCAUCCUCGAGGCUGAAGACAAGGAUGGAGACACAGCCUUAGUCUCUGCAGCGUGCAACGGGCACAAGGCGGUAGUGCAACUGCUGUUAGAGAAAGGGGCCUUCGUCGGGGCAAACGGUACAAAUGGGACGGCUCUACAAUGGGCACUUAGGAAUGGGCAUACAGAGGUCGUGGAGCUGCUAUUGAAGAAAAAAGGUGUUAUGAUGGAUAUGAAAGAUGACACCCUAGAAGUUUUGCAAAACAUCGCCGAGGGUCAACUACUAGAAAAGAUUGAGGAAGCCCAGAAGCUCAUGUUUCCCACCUCUUCGAUUGAAUCGUGGGCACAGAAUCUGCGCUUUGUUGUCGCCGCUGAAAACCCGGAUUACGAUUUCGAGCUUAUCGAAAACAAUAGGGAUCAGACCACAAGCGAACCGUAUGUUGCCAUAUCCUAUCGCUGGCGAUAUGAUGCCAACCCAGUCAGACGACGCAUACGAGUCCCUUGCAGAAACCAGCCAGGAAAUUACGAAACAAUAGGAACCACAGCACCAUUGGAUAUUCUGUCCCGGGGUCUGGAGUUUGCAGCGGCCAAGGGCAUAAGAAAGAUCUGGAUCGACCAGGAGUGCAUUUACCAGAAUGACCCAGAAGAUAAACAGAAGGGUAUUCAGAGUAUGCACCUCGUGUAUCGAAAUGCCGCUGUUACGUUGGUGGUUAUGGAUUGUCACGUUCAGACACUCCAGGACGUGCAUGCCAUCCCAGGGAUCCGCCAAUUCGGGGUUCACGAGGAACUGAGGGAACGGAUUGUAGGGGACAGAUGGUUCACUCGUGCAUGGACUAUACAAGAGCUUUCUAGCUCGCCACCUGACAAUUUGGCAUAUCUGAUCGGCUGGGAGGAUGGUGUGGAUGUGUCUGGAGAGGCCUGGGAAUUCGAAGCCACCGCUUACAACAUCAAGGGCGAGCAUCGCACACAGAGCGUCCGGAGGGCGUGGGAGCUGGACCACAGCCAAAUUGUCGAGCUUAUUCACAUGAAAAUCAAUAGUGCCAUGACCGCUAAUCUUGCAGGCAACCCCCUCUUUGGUACCCUGGACCCUAGCGAAAUAGUCUUCAUCCUGACCGACGACAACAUUGAGUCCAUGCAUUGGUGGGUGAGAAUGGGAAGUUUAAAUAGAGAGUCAAGACGUACACCUUCUACAGUCCGUAAAUUCAACAUGUCAAUUCCAGCUGCUUUCACUCUCCUCAUCCGUAAAGGAUGUACGCUGUCUUCCGACAAACUCGCUAUUAUUGGAAACCUCGUCGACUGUCCUUACCGAAUCGAUAUCGAGAGUGCCACCAAAGCCAAUCUCACAUUUUCUACUUGCAUCAUUGCCCUGGCGCUAUACAAUGGAGACCUGAGUCCUCUAUUGGGUGAAAGGACCAUGGCCGAAUGGGCACAAAGGGCUUCCUCGAAGACGGACACAGAAUUUCCUUCAGGGCACCUAGCUUCAUGGCUACCAUUCGAUGAGAUCCCCCUAAAUAUGUUAUUACAGGGUCAAUCUCCACAUACUCGAUUCCGGAGUCAACUCAGGAAUGGAAGUAAAUGCAUAGUCCUCAACCGCAAAAUUGUUGUCAAAGGUCUACUCUGGGACAUUGAACCCUUUCACGAACUUGACUGCCUAAGGGAUGAUAUUCUCAAGCAGGAGCAGUCGGGUGAAGCAAGGAACAGAGAAGAGCAUGCGAGCAGAUUCUUCCUCUUCCUCUUCCAGCUCCUGGUUCGCCGGCUUUUGACGUUAGGCCGUCGGGACAUUUUGGAGCUCAUCGUAUCGGCAGUCAUGGGACGUCAAUUCAGAUCCCCAAACGAGAUAUUCUACUUCAUGAGCGAGUUGGAAGAAUGGUUCCACGGGGAAGGCUGGUGGCCAGCACAUAUAGCCAAGGACACUUUUCUCACAAAAAAGCCAACUCCUCGAAUGCGCGUUGCUAUUAAUGCAACAGGAGAAGAGCGCGGCUUGGCAUACGCCUUAACGUACACAGACGCCAAAGGCGUCGAUAUUGCGCUGCUUAGAAUGUCGGAGCCACCGACCGAAAUGUCGAACACAAGCGAGAAUAAUCGUGAAUUGGCAGAAGACCGUCCAAUUAUAGCUUGGAUCUACAACGCUAUCCGGAACGGCUUGCCUUUGGCAUUGGGGAAAUGCAAUAUUGGUGAAGAGACACUUGUUAGCAUCUUCACUUUCGAUCCGGCAAAGCACCGCACAGUAUUCACACCACUGAGUGAGUUGGAGUACGAAUUUGGAAAGAAUCCCUGGAUUCAUUUACAACCCAAGGACUCCUUUUGGUGCGUACGUGUUUGCAAGGACAAGGUGUCGGAGAUAGACAUGCAGAAAGCAAGGGAAAAGCUUGGGGACACAGAGGAUGGCGUUGGUACGGGUGAGAUAUACGUGUCAGACCAGAUUCUUGAGGUCGAUGGCCGCGCCACUAAGAACGAACGCGUCUACGGCGUCUGGUCUCCGAGGCUGUCCAGGUUCGGGAUGCUGACGCGUGAGCAAGAAACAAAGUCGUGGAAGCAAGUGCCACUCGACCAAGCGGCUCUGUACUACUGGCUUCGCUGAGCUAGGUGUGACUCCUGGGUUGGGUUCCCGGCCAAUAUCCCGGUCUUUGGCUUGCGUAAGCAGGAUUGGGAACUCUGAGUAUUAAUGGAUUACUGCUUUUCCUCUGCCGAGGUCAAGAGCAUAACUUGAGUAACAAAGUGGUCACUCAAGCUAGCAGCAACCUGUUUCUUCUCGGAAAUGAUCCUUGGGUGGCUGUUGGUGGAGCUAAGGAUUCACUCAUUCAACAUUUCGUCUGUUUAGAACGACAAAUUAUCAAUACUAUAGCCACUGCUCACUCGCUUAACGUAUGACUAAUUCACCAGUUAUUCUGAAGCUUCGAUAUAGCCAUUUAUACGAUUCCCCAGAUCGCUUGAAUCAAGGCAAAGCUAAGGUUAAACUAAGUCAUGUUUUUUAUGAGCGCGUUAGGACUGAGCGGUGGUUUGAAAUAAUUUCUGCAUGUACUUAGUGUUAACCAGCUGGC